AGGCCCCUGUCUGUGGCGAGGGUCCCGGAACCAGCACCCAAGAGCCCCGGCGUCCAGCCCCACCCACUCAUGCCCACCCCACAGGAGGCGGAGAAGCAGCACCCGGGGCCAGAGGAGGCAGCGCAGCCCCCGCCCAUGUCCAGCGAUGCCUGCUCUCGCGCGGCCCCCAGCCGCAGCCCCUGCUGCCUGUGCUGGUGCUGCUGCUGCAACUGCUCCUGGAACGAAGAGAGACGGCGGGCGUGGCGGGCCUCCCGGGAGAGCAAGCUGCAACCCCUUCCCAGCUGCGGGGCGUGUGCCACCCCGAGCCCCGAGGAGGUGCAGAGCUGGGGACAGUCCUUUGACAAGCUGAUGCACAGCCCGGCGGGCCGCGGCGUCUUCCGGGAGUUCCUGCGCACGGAGUACAGCGAGGAGAACAUGCUCUUCUGGAUGGCCUGCGAGGAGCUCAAGGCGGAGGCCAACCAGCACGUGGUGGACGAGAAGGCGCGGCUCAUCUACGAGGACUACGUGUCCAUCCUGUCCCCCAAGGAGGUGAGCCUGGACUCGCGCGUGCGGGAGGGCAUCAACAGGAAGAUGCAGGAGCCCUCGGCGCACACCUUCGACGACGCGCAGAUGCAGAUCUACACGCUCAUGCACCGGGACUCCUACCCCCGCUUCCUCAGCUCCCCCACCUACCGGGCCCUGCUGCUCCGCACGGACCCGCCUGCCUGCAGUGAGGCCUAGCCCACCACAGACGCCCCCUACCUCGGGGCCGGCCGUGCCAGGGCCCCAGGCCUGCUGCCCACGUUCUGCAUGGGCACCCAGACGCUCCCCAGGGCCUCUGUGGGGCCCCUAGCAGGAAUCUCCAGAUGGACCCACACCUCGGCUCCUCCCGGGCAGCCCUGGAGAAGACAGAGAACCCCUACCCAAGCUGGCUGCCCCCGGAGUCAGGCCGCGGGACC